CCGCCAAUACAUUAUCUGGUUAAUGUAAAUGUUCCGGUUUUGAUUUUCUCAAAAUUCAUAGCGCCUUCUCCUUCUCGGAAUAGUAGCAAGAGCUUAGAAUUUCUUUGCUCUCCUUAAAGCUCUGUUUUUCCUACAGAUCUGGAACACUAAACCCUAGCAAAGACAGUACAUCUAUUUCUAAAUUGACAGUGCAAAAUGGGUCAGUUUUGUUUUGCAAUAACUUUUCAAGAUUAAUACUACACUUUUCAAGUUUUGCUUUUUUUUGGGGAAUGAAUGCAGUUUCAAACUUAGUGUUGUAGUUUUAAAUAGAUCUUAUGCGGAUAGAGAAAGUGUAUGAAUUAAGACUGGGAAUUAUAUUGAGCUAAUACUGUUUUAAGUAUAAGUUUCAUGAUAUACAACUGUUCAUCUUAAUUGGAGUCAUUUGAGUUUUAUUUUGUUAGUAAGACUUAAAAGUUAGUUGGAAUGAGUUGUCGAAAUUUUGACUUGUCUCCUAAGCCUUUUACUAAAUCUAUCUGUAUCAUCUUCUCCUGUCUAUUCUCCUUAAUUUAAUGCAAAACCACCAACAUCUUUCGUCUUCAUGAUUGCAAGUACUGACAUGAUAGCAACUCUUUAAGAGCGCGGCUUUAUAUUAUACCACUCAUCUUUGCUCACUUUUCCUUUUUGAUCUUGCAUAUUUGGAAAGUAGCAUAGAAAAUUUGGACUUUGAAGGGUUUAACAACACCUUUUCUAGGCCACCACAUCUUUCUAGUAUCACAAAACGUAUCUUCGGAAUGACCCAUUCUUGUUUAUAUUAAGAUGGAAAGAUGUGACCACAGACUUGUUUAUUUAAAUUUUAAAGGUGCAUGCUCUAUUAUUAUAUUUAUACUCAAGUCUUGUAUAACUGAUUUGAGCCGGCCAAAAGAGAUCUGUGUUGACUUUUAAAUGAGCUGUUGUUGUGUUUCAGCCAACUAGCAAAGAUUAUAAAAAAAGUUCUGUUUUUUUUUUAGUAUCAGUCUCUUAAGUUCUGUUAAAAACAGAAUUGUGGCACAGAGCUCUUUGCUUGUGCACCUUUCAGAAAAUGUCAUUGAUUGAUGCAUACGUACAGAAUAACCUCUACUGAGGCAUCCAAUGUUGAAGGGAGAGGCAGAGCCUAAGCAGAAGAAAGGUUGGUCAGAAUCGCUGCUAGAGUUUCUGUCAGGGUUAGGGGAAAAGAUGAAAACUGAGCCAAAGAAACGUUGGAAAUCUCUUGCACCCCUUCAUCUGAAAAGCAAAUCAGUUGCGCGGUUUUGCUUCUUUUCGAAAAUCAAGUCGAACAACUAUGGUCCAGGCCGUGCACCAGUCUAUCUCAAUGUUUAUGACUUGACUCCUAUUAACGGAUAUAUCUAUUGGGCAGGGCUCGGUAUAUUUCACUCUGGUGUAGAAGUUCAUGGAGCAGAAUAUGCUUUCGGUGCACAUGAUUAUGCAAACAGUGGUGUUUUUGAAGUUGAACCAAGGCAAUGCCCAGGCUUCAAAUUUAAGAAGUCGAUAUUCAUUGGAACCACGAACUUAAACCCGGCACAAGUUAGAGAGUUCAUGGAGAACAUGGCUUGCAGUUACUAUGGGAAUAUGUAUCACUUGAUCGUUAAGAACUGCAACCACUUCUGCCAGGACGCUUGCUACAAGCUUACAGGCAAGAAGAUCCCGCAAUGGGUGAACCGGCUUGCGGAAAUAGGUUCUGUGUGUAGUUGCAUACUUCCCGAGUCACUCAAGAUUACAGCGGUUUGCCAUGAUCCAGACGAGCAAAUUCCCGAAGAAGAAAACGAAAAGAGAAGUCUUACGAGCUCAUUCAGUUGCUUGUCUUCCAUCUCCCUGAGACAAAAACAGCUUUCGACGUCAUCCUUAUUCCUACAGUCACCUCUCAGAGGCUGCUUACCUCCAUUUCAACUAAAACGAUAAAAAUCUAACAGCAGUUCCUUAAAAGAAAUGUAGACGACCACAUUUGUCUUUGUAAUGUUGUUCGAAAAAAUGUUACUUUUAACAAUUCUUCAAUCUGUUUGUAUCGCUUCCAAAGCUGGGAACCAUUUCAUCUUUCCAUGUAUUAGUUGCCUCAACUCUGUUUAUAUAUCUAAACUUUGUAUCAAAACAUCAGUGUUGUAAUAAGCAGGAGACAAGAAAAAAAAAUGAAACAUUUAUUCAAGAACAAGAGUUAAAAGCUU